AUGUCAAUUGGAAUUGAUGUUGAACAUCCAGUAGCUCAUGUCCAUACACAAAAUGGUCUAGCUGAAUCACUAAUUAAGAGAUUACAAUUAAUUGCAAGACCAUUAUUAAUGAGGUCAAGAUUGCCAUCAUCUGCUUGGGGACAUGCUAUAAUACAUGCAGCAGCGCUAAUUAGAUUGAGACCUACAGCUUAUCAUAAAUUCUCACCACUACAACUUGUUUGUGGUCGAGAACCAAGUAUCUCACAUCUAAAAAUCUUUGGUUGUGCUGUAUAUGUUCCCAUUGCUCCACCCCAACGAACAAAAAUGGGUCCACAAAGAAGGCUGGGAAUUUAUGUCGGGUUUGAAUCCCCCUCUAUAAUUAAAUAUCUUGAACCAUUGACUGGUGACUUAUUUACGGCUAGAUUUGCGGACUGUCACUUUAAUGAAACAGUAUUCCCAGUCUUAGGGGGAGAGAAAGUGGACCCACGUAAGAAAGAAAUUGAACUCAUUUGGAAUGCAACACAACUGUUGAUGUUAGACCCACGAACAAAUAUGUGUGAACAAGAAGUUAAGAAAAUUGUUCAUUUACAAAGUGUUGCAAAUCAAUUGCCUGAUGCAUUUGUAGACACAAAGAAGGUGACAAAAUCACAUAUACCAGCAGAAAAUGCCCCUGCACGUAUUGAAAUCCCAACUGGUAAUAAGGCCAUAGAAAAUGAAUCUCAGGCACGCAGAAAGCGUGGAAGACCACUUGGUUCAAAAGAUUCUAAGCCAAGAAAAUUGAAAAGAUUGGAUGGAAUAGAAAAUGAGACUAAUGAUGUUCCCCCGUCAGAAGGUCAAGAAAGACCAAAUGUGGAUGAAAACUCAGUGGAAUAG